UAAAUAGAUGAUAGCGAUUGUUUUAUUAUAUUCGUAUUCGUGUAAAAAAUGGCGGAAAGAUUUAAACAGAAAACAGUUCAGCAGAUACUGCAGCAGUAUUUUAAAGAUGAUAAAACCAAAAUGACUGCAGAGAGUUUAGCAUUGGUUACUGAAGUAGCCACUGUUUUUGUGGCAGCUGUUGGAAGAACAGUCAGACAAGCCAAGAAAGAUGGAGACAAUGAACUCAGUCUUGAACAUUUUGAGAAAAUUCUUCCGCAAUUGUUACUGGACCUGUGAGUGAAUAUAACAAGAAACAAAAAUGGGGUUUUGGAGAUGGAAGCUUGAAGAUAUAUACAUGUAUUAUGAAAUGUCUUCUGUAUUAUUGAGACUCUGCAUCAGCUGAAAUAGACACAUAUUAUGUUGGAAAAAGAACUGAUCUCUUAUUAGUCCUCCUGCUGAUGUUUCACUGGAGAGGACUUUGGGUUUGCUGAUGACAGUCAGUUAUGUUAUUAUAACUUCACAUAGGAAGUUUUGGGGGGUAUAUAGGAGUGAGCUUGUAGGUCAGUCUGUCCAUCCGCUGGUUUUCAUGGUUUCCAGGCAAUAGCUGGUGAAAGGCUUGACAGAUUUAAAUAAACUUUGGUACACAGGUGUAACAUCAUAAAAUACAGGUUAAGUUUAACUUUGCCUCCAAACCAUCCUUUUUUGACAUAGUUAUGGCCGCUUUCCAACUUAAAAUUUGCCAAACUCAUGGUUUCCAGACAAUAACUCAUGAAAGGCUUGACAGAUUUAAAUUAAUUAUGGGCUGUUUAAAACUUAAAAUUUGCUAAACUCAUGGUUUCUGGACAAUAACUUAUGAAAGGCUUGUUUUUUUUAAUCCCCCGCCACAAGUGGAGGGCAGUUAUAGGAAUGAUCUCCGUCCAUCCUUCCGUCUGUCCGUAACACUCGUCUGCUCCAUAUCUCCUAAACCCCUAGAAGGAUUUUCAUGAUACUUGGGUCAAAUGAUCACCUCAUCAAGACGAUAUGCAGAACCCAUGAGUCAGCCUUGUCGGCUCAAGGUCAAGGUCACAAAUCAAGGUCAAAGUUUUGAGCCUUCCAUUUUGUGUCUGCUCUAUAUCUACUAAACCCCUUGAAGGAAUUUUAUAAAACUUUGGGUCUAAUGAUCACCUCAUCAAGACGAUGUGCAGAGCCCAUGAGUCAGCCAUUCUGGCUCAGGGUCAAGGUCACAACUUAGGGUGAAAGGUUUGAGCCUUCCAUUUUGUGUUGGCUGUAUAUCUCCUUAACCCCAUGAAGGAAUUUUAUAAAACUUUGGUCAAGUGAUCACCUCAUCAAGACGAUGUGCAGAUCUCAUGAGUCAGCCAUUCCGGCUCAAGAUCAAGGUCACAACUUAGGGUGAAAGGUUUGAUCCUUCCAUUUUGUGUUUGCUCUAUAUCUUCUAAACCCCUUGAAGGAUUUUCAUCAAACUCGGGUAAAAUGAUUACUUCAUCAAGGCGAUGUGCAAAACUUAUGAGUCAGCCGUGCUGGCUCAAGGUCAAGUCACAACUGAAGGUCAAAUGUUUGAUCCUUCCAUUUUGUGUCUGCAUUGUGUCUCCUAAUUCCCUUGAAGGAUUCACUUGAAACUUGGGUCAUAUGAUCACCUCAUCAAGGCUAUGUGCAAAACUCAUGAGUCAGCCAUGCCGGCUCUAAGUCAAGGUCACAACUCAAGGUCAAAGGUUUUAGCCUUCCAUUUUGUGUUCACUCUAUAUCUCCUAAACCCCUUGAAGGAAUUUUGAAUUUGGUUCAAAUGAUCACCUCAUCAAAUCAAUGUGCAGAACUUAUGAGUAUGCCUUCCUGGCUCAAGGUCAAGGUCAGAACUAAUGGUCAAAUGUUUGAGCCUUCCAUUUUGUGUCCACUCUGUAUCCCCUAAACCCCUUGAAGGAUUUUCAUCAAACUUGGGUCAAAUGAUCACCUCAUCAAGAACUCAUGAGUCAGCCAUGUCAGCUGAAGGUCAAGGUCAAAGAUUUGAGCUCUGUAUCUCCUAAACCCCUUGAAGGAUUAUCAUGAAACUUGGUCAAAUGAUCACCUCAUCAAGACAUUGUGAAGAAUUCAUGAGUCAGCCUUGUCAGUUCAAGGUCAAGGUGACAGCUAAAGGUCAAAGGUUUACCCUUGCACUAUCCAUAGCUGUGGCGGGGGAUUUAGCUGUCUUUCAGACUGCCUUGUUUUUUUCACCUUCAAGUUAAACAACUUAAAUUGCACCUUCUUGUGCCAUUUCUUUCUUAUGAUUACCAUACUUCUGUGACAAGGCCAUAUUGUGGGGGUAUUAUUUGUCACUCCUGUGACAGUUCUAGUUUGUAGAAUAUGUUGGGCUCUUUGAUUAGUGCAAAAACAUGUUGUGCAUAUGACAGCAAAUAUUGCAAAAUUGCCCCUUAUGAUAGGCUGCUUUUAUUGAUGGGCAAUAGCCUUAUUCAAGGUGAUUUUGACUCGAGACAAUCACUAAAGCAAAUAUUGGUAUAAAAAAUUGUAGAUAUUUAAAUCAGCUAUCAAAUGUCAAAGGCAUCAGCUACAGUGUUUGUAUUUUAUAAUAGGAAACCUUGGAGUUCAUAUAUAAGUAAAGACAGAAAUGAUAGAUCAGUUUGUUACAGUUACAGGAUUUUUUCCAUUCGAAAAAGAUUGUGUAAUGUGAGCUUAAAUCCAGUGAAAAUGCGGGAUAGUACUGUAAAUUUUUUAAGUAUUAGUGGUGGGACAAAUUUUACGUAAAUUUCAUGGAAUAGAUUUAUAUCUUUUAAAUGAUUGAAAGAAGUACACUGAAAUUUCUCACAAAUGUGAAGGAUGAUAAGACCAUGUGUUAUAUGCAAGAAUAUGCGCUGUAAUGCUUAACCUUUAGCCUGGUUAAGUUUUAAAAUGGACUGAUCUGUCAUUCUAUUUGGGCAAUACCAUUUAUCAUUCGAAGGGGUGUAUACUAAAAAUUCACUGACUGAAUAGCAAACAGUGCAGACCAUGAUCAGCCUGAAUGAAUGUGCAGGCUGAUCUUGAUUUGCACUGGUCGCAAAGGCAGAUUUACUUGCCGCCAGCAAGCUAAGGGUCUCAGGAAGGACCCUAAACUAUAGGCAAGGACACUCCACUUAGAGGGGGCAGUGGAUAAUUUUCAUGGAUUUUGUUGUUGCCUCAAUCUACAAAAGCAAAUGCCAGUUAAUAUAUAUACUUGACGUCACUGAAAAGUUACCACCCUAAUGGCACUUAUAUUUUAAAAAUUGCACUGGACUGUGUUAAAAGCAUAACACGACCACAUUUUUGACGCAGCUGAGACGUCACUGGUGUAAAGAUUUGUGAAAUUCCAUUAACUCCAUUUGAGGCGCGGGCCGCACAUGCAAAAUGAUUUUUUUCCAGCAAUGUCGACAUGUACGAAUAUUCUAUCGCAAAUCAUUAAUCACAUUUGAAAGUUAGUCAACAGACUAAAAGGAAUACGUUAAAAAAUCCAGAAUAUCCUUGCUAAGAAUGCCACAUUUAAGGCACGAUCAUCGCCAUGAGGCCAUUGGCAUGGUUGACGUUGAACUUUCAUGUCAUGAAAUUGCAUGUUGUAUGUGCUGUUCUUACCUGACAGUCAUGCAAUGGGUUAGGAGACAUGAUCAGACAGGGUCUGUGAGUAAUAGACUGCGCACAGGCCAUGAAAAAGUGACGUCGAUAUUGUAUAAACAAGUAAAGAGGUAUAUAUUAAGUGGUAACUUUUCAAUGAUGUUGAAAAUGCACAAUUUUUGUUGUUUCGUCAAUGUACAAAAUUGAAUCCCAGUCAAUAGAUAUAUUCUCAUCUUCAAAAGUUUAAAUUCUUAAAUUUAUAUCAGAUUGAAAUAGCUGUUCUGGAAAAAAAAAUUAAGCCCAUAAAAGUAAAGGUUUUUCACCAUAUUUAAUGUUAGUCAUGCUUCAGGGAAACGAUCAGUUAUUUUGAGAUCUUGUGCAUACUUUGUGAAACAGAUUUAUAAUAGAUGAUUGUCUUCUGAUUGACAAAUAAAGUAGCAUUUUUAUGUAAAACAAUCUUAACUUGGUCAGUCAUCUUUGUUUCUGAUUGUGAUAUAAUUAUCUUUGACUUUUAAUAAAAAAUGAAAGAACUAUU